AUGAGGCCACGCCAGAGCGCGUGGAGCAGUGGGAGACGUCCCUGCGAGAGCAGGACAAGGAGCCGCCGGCCAGGCAGCAGCAGCAGCAAGGAGGCCACCACCAAGGACACGGCCGAAGAGGAGGAGGAAUCCAAAGGAAAGUCCCACAGGAUUUCGGCCCGGCGACUCCUGGACCUCUCAGAGUCCUUCACCAUGGUGGAGGAGCUGGUGGACGAGCUUCUGCACAUCUGUGGAAAACUGUCCAGGAACAGCUUCAUGCCGGAAGCAAGGCCAGUCAUCGGGGUGAGCAGCAGCCUCGGAGGGUGGAGUGGCUGUGAGGAGGAUGCCACCUACCGUUUCCUUGUGCCCCUGAAGCCGCCUCGUGGCCAUGCCUUCCACGUGGACACGGGCGCCAGAACCAAGGACACACCAGAGAGGAAGGCCAGCCUCCGCGUUGAGCUGCAAUGCACGUGCAUGAGGGAGCCGCUGGCCGAAGACAUGCUGUGCUUCCUCCACCACCCCGAGAAGGAGCUGAGGGACAGACAGGGUCCCAGCCUCCUGCGCACCCUCUGCACCGGCCCCUACUUGGACACUGAGAAAACCUCCCGCUGGCUGCAGGUGUUGCUGAAAAGCGCCUGGGCGGUUAUGCCUCAGUCGACACACUGCCGUCUGACGGUGCUGCCCUCCAGGCACUGCUGCAACCUCCGGCUGACGCACGCUUCCGGCCGUACCAUCGGUAUCGAGAUGCUCUUUGGAGUAAAGCAAGGCGACUCCUACGUCUUCCUCAGCUGA